CCCUGGGGUGAGACCACCUGGAUCUACCAUGACGGCGAGGACACCAAGAUGAUCGUGGGCGAGGAGAAGAAGUUCCUGCUGCCCUUCUGGCUGCAGGUCAUCUUCAUCUCGCUCCUCCUGUGCCUCUCGGGCAUGUUCAGUGGCCUCAACCUGGGCCUGAUGGCCCUGGACCCCAUGGAGCUGCGCAUCGUGCAGAACUGUGGCACGGACAAAGAGAAGAACUACGCCAAGCGCAUCGAGCCUGUGCGGCGUCAGGGCAACUACCUGCUGUGCUCCCUCCUGCUGGGCAAUGUCCUGGUCAACACUACGCUCACCAUCCUGCUGGACGACAUUGCCGGCUCUGGGCUGGUGGCCGUGGUGGUCUCCACCAUCGGUAUCGUCAUCUUCGGCGAGAUCGUGCCGCAGGCUAUUUGCUCUCGGCACGGCCUGGCCGUGGGCGCCAACACCAUCUUCCUCACCAAGUUUUUCAUGAUGAUGACCUUCCCGGCCUCCUACCCCGUCAGCAAGUUGCUGGACUGUGUCCUGGGCCAGGAGAUCGGCACGGUCUAUAACCGUGAGAAGUUGCUGGAGAUGCUGCGGGUCACCGACCCUUAUAAUGAUCUAGUCAAGGAGGAGCUCAACAUCAUCCAAGGGGCCCUGGAACUGCGCACUAAGACUGUGGAGGACGUGAUGACUCCCCUCCGAGACUGCUUCAUGAUCGCUGCAGAGGCUGUGCUGGACUUCAACACCAUGUCUGAGAUCAUGGAGAGCGGUUACACCCGCAUCCCUGUGUUCGAGGGUGACCGCUCCAACAUUGUGGACUUGCUCUUCGUUAAGGACCUGGCUUUCGUGGACCCCGAUGACUGCACUCCACUCAAGACCAUCACCCGCUUCUACAACCAUCCGCUGCACUUUGUCUUCAACGACACCAAGCUCGAUGCCAUGCUGGAGGAGUUCAAGAAAGGCAAGUCUCACCUGGCUAUAGUACAAAGAGUAAACAAUGAAGGAGAAGGGGAUCCUUUUUAUGAAGUCCUGGGAAUUGUCACUUUAGAAGAUGUGAUUGAAGAGAUCAUCAAGUCUGAAAUUCUGGAUGAAACAGAUCUCUACACUGAUAACAAGUCGAAAAAGAAAGUAGCUCAUCGGGACAGGAAGCAGGACUUCUCUGCCUUCAAGCAGACAGACAGCGAGAUGAAGGUUAAAAUAUCACCACAGCUCCUCCUGGCAAUGCACCGGUUCCUGGCUACAGAAGUAGAAGCAUUUGGUCCAUCCCAGAUGUCAGAGAAGAUCCUUCUCAGGCUGCUAAAACAUCCCAACGUCAUCCAGGAGCUGAAGUACGAUGAGAAGAACAAGAAGGCCCCAGAACACUACCUCUACCAGCGCAAUAAGCCUGUCGACUACUUUGUUCUCAUUUUACAGGGGAAAGUGGAAGUGGAGGCUGGGAAAGAGGGGAUGAAGUUUGAAGCUGGUGCUUUUUCCUACUAUGGGGUGAUGGCCCUCACAGCAUCACCAGUUCCCUUGUCCCUGUCUCGUACCUUUGUUGUCAGCAGAACAGAGUUGUUAGCAGCAGGUUCUCCAGCUGAAAACAAGUCUCCUCCUCGGCCGUGUGGCUUGAAUCACUCAGACUCUUUAAACCGAAGUGAUCGCAUCGAUGCAGUGACACCGACGUUAGGGAGCAGCAACAACCAGCUCAACGCAUCUUUCCUCCAAGUGUAUGUUCCGGACUACUCAGUGAAAGCUCUCACAGACAUUCAGUUUGUCAAGAUCACAAGACAGCAGUACCAAAAUGCCCUAAUGGCAUCCCGGAUGGACAAAACACCUCAGUCCUCGGACAGUGAAAACACUAAAAUCGAACUGACUCUUACGGAGCUACAUGACGGUUUGCCGGACGAGAACGAACAGAACUGUGUGACUCACAACAAGCCCAACCACAGUAUGCACAGUGAAGGAGCCAUCUAGGAGCUGACUCCCCACAGCCCACCCAUCCCAUCUCCUCAGCAGGACCAGCCCUCGCUCCUUCCUGCCUCCUCCCCGAGUGUGAACACCGUUAGUAUGUGCUUGCGACACUGUGCUGCAUCCAGUGUUCUGAGACCAAAGACUUUUGCGUCCAUUCUGGGAGCAAAGAGAGGAAGAAACAGGAAGAAAGGAGCAAAGAGCAAGAGAGACUAAAGCCCCAAACGUGAUUUGGGAAUGGUGAGCCACCCUUGAGAACGGUGAAAAUUCUUCUUGCAAAGUAGAAUUAUGUUUAUUUUUUAUCUGUAUUUUUGAUCCUUGUUGGGUUUUUCCUCCUCAGACACAUAUGGAGAAGUUUAAAAGCUCCUCCAGUUAUUUUUUCAAGAGAGAUCAUGUUUUUAAAAGUAUUUUGCAGAGUUUUAAAUUGUUUCUGUCCCUCACGAA